AUGUCGCGCAGAGACGGUGGGCGAUGGCCUAUCAUAGCAUAUCGAGCAGAUGAGCCACUGCCAAGCCUUCAAGAACUUUACAAGAAAGGAGAACAAACGGUCGAGGUUGUAAUAGCGCCUGAGCACAUGACUAAGGACAACAAACGAGUCAAAGCUCGACAAAUAUGGGGGGACACGGUAUACACCGCAGAUUCGGACCUGGUAGCAGUUCUGAUGCACUUGGGAUUCUACGCACAUUAUCUCUCGCACCCGCCAAACACGGUUGCGGAAUUCCGGGCGCUGCUGAAGCUGUUGCCGCCCCAGGAGAAGUACAACUCCCGGGCACGGUUUGUAAAGUCACGGCUCUGGUGCUCCCCAGGCGAUGGUUGCUCGUACCAGGUGGAGCGGUGCUGGUUGACGACCCGCAGCGGGGCCACCAUUGACUUGCAACCCUGCGUGGAUGAGGUGCCAGCGCCGUACCCCACCGUACAGCCCAUGGUGUCGGACCGGCAGAUCACCACGCGCACGACGGGCGCCAAGAGCAAGUACGUGUUGGGGCCCGCGAUCAGCCAGGAGGUAUCCAUUCAGUUCAAUUUGUGCAACGAGCCGUGGCUCAAGUACACGCUGUCCGCCAUAGCGGAUAAGGGCAUGAAGCACCCGGGGUGGACCAGCGCCCGGCUGCGUAGCGAGGUGCUGUUCUUGGAAACGAACAGUGAGCGCUACCAGUUGUGCUGCGUCUCCACGAGUGAUGACCCAAAGGGCAAGGAUCUUUUCACCUUUGCGCGGUGUAAAGCUCCGCUUCCCGUCAGCUUGCUUCAAAAGACGGGCGUCCCCCAGCCCGCAGAGCUGGUGGAGGUCGUGGAGAAGGAUGUCGAUUGGGAGGACUUCCAGUGGGGCGUCUCGUCGCUGCACCUGCGCGGCAAGGAGUUUGCGCUCCGACGGAUGCACUUCAUGCCCAACACACGGGGCACGGACAUGGAGCUGUGAGCAGGAGGAGGAGGAGGAGGAGCUUGAGCAUCAUCGCCGCCUGAUGCUCCAGUAGGGCACUGCAGCAUGGCUGGGGGUCGUGACAACCUCAGCCUCCGUAGGUGCAGGCUGCUGGUGGCGCUGUGCCAGCAGGCACAACGGCGGCAUGUCAUGUCGUGUCGUGUCUCAGCUGGAGCCACACCUUGCCUGACAAGACUGCACAUCCCGCUUAUGAAUUGGCUGGAAAAAUCCAUUUAGUUGGUGUGAAUUUCGCGCGCUUUGGGCCGUGUAAUGGGGGCUGGAUUAAGAGCUGAGCUGCUGUUAUUGGCAAGUUAGCUGAGUAUAUUCGUGCACAUGCUCAAGCUAAAUCACCACCUGGUGUUGCUGCGGCUUUGGCCCCGUAAUGGCCGGAUGUGCGUGGUAAGGGAUGGGAUGGGAUGGGCAACGGGCGAAGCUUGGCUUUCACCGGACACUGACCGCCGGCGCCUUACCACGAGCUUACACAACCAACCACAUACCAAACAGCUUGCCCGGUACCAGCGUUUUUAUCCUUACCGGUUUGCAUUUGGUUUGUGCUUACCACGAGCUUACAUGCAGAUUUAAGCAGAACUAGCGCUUAGGCUUAAGGACUUCACUUCUCCGUUGACGUUUGACGAUGCUCAGAUGCUACGUACAAAGCUUACUUGACAAAUACUUGAUCGAGAUAGGCUGAGUUUUGCACUUGACGAGCAGUUGAUGGUGUGGCGAGUCCAUCCUGUAGUUGUGCAUAAUUUUCAAAAGCCUUACGUGAUACCGAACAGUGUGAACGUGCAUGACAAUGUGUGACGGUGGUCGAAGCACAACUCUGGUCGAAGCACUGACGGCACUGUUGGGGUAGCCGGAGGGUCGGGGGAUUGGGGGUGACCGGGGGUAUAACACCGAGAGGGAGGCGUAACAGCGAUUGACUGCUUUUCGCACUCAGCGGACGGAUGCCCUUAAUUGGUGAAGUGGCGACGCUUGAUGCGUGGCGUGCUGCUAACUGAGUUGCGCAGUGCAAGAGACUUGCAUGCGGUCUGUCUUUUUACCAACAGGGCAAUUUCGGCUAAGCACUAUUGCAUGUGCUUCAUUUUGGCUGCCUUCCGUUAGCUGUUUGCAAGGCGUGUACUGCUUCCCUGGUCAACGGGGGCCCGCCCUUGCCCUAAGGGGAGCAAGUGCAACAUGUAGCAGAGAAGUCGCGGAUGCAAAUGAUAACCCCGCGUCACUGCCAAGAAAUCCAACGUGGUUCACCAUGUGGACUUUCUGAACCAUACCCGUAAACUCCUAAGGUAUACGUGUUGCGAAC